GAUUGCGCAGAUUUCAUCUGCCUUGACUGUAGUGUGGCUCAGCGAUCGACUGGACUAAACAACCAGCAGCCCAUUCCAGCUCGGAACGAGGAGGGGUCAGAGAUAAGGGAGAAGGAGCAAUAAGACAAUGAUAAAGACAGAUGGGAGAAAAUGAGAUAGAAUAAUGGAAUGGAAUGGACUGGUACAGGGGAUGGUGAGAAGAUGGUCUUCGAUAUGCAGCUACUGUUCGAUUGUUGUGAGUGCGUGAUGACCGUCUAGGAGAAAGGCCAUUCCGAUCACACUACUCUGGUAUCUCUGUGACCAGGCUGGGGAGGCAGCUCCUCCUUCACCGCCCCCCUCGCGCUCUCCCGUCUUCCAGAGGGAGAGAGAGAACAGCAGGAGGGCGUGGUCCAGAGCACCGCAGAGGUCAUUGACAGGAGCUCCUUCAGGAAGGUGUGGGAUCCCUCCGGUGGGGAGGGGUCAGCUGUCAGUGGGAAGGGGUCCGCCGUGCCUGCGGGGAGCCCUUCGGAGACCGUGAGGGCACAGCUGUCUAUUCGCUCGCUCUUGCCCCUGCGAGGGUGCGAUUCGCCUGCAGCGUGUGUGCACCUGUGUUCCAGGUGGAUGGGACGGUGAACCAUGCCUUCAGCGCAGCGUCGGCAGUUUGGCGGUACAGGACGAGGUACCCCGGUGUCUCUCCUCCUCUUCUCUGUCCUCUUCAUCUCCUUCUGUCCAGGACCAGGUCAUACAGUCAUUUACAUCCCAGAGGACUACAACAUAAGUGACUUAAUGCAGCCACCAGUGAUUACAGCCCAUCCAGAGUCCUACACCGCUUUCACCGCUGAGGACAUUGUUCUUACCUGUGAAGCUUCUGGAAACCCCCCACCUAAAUUCCGAUGGGUAAAGGAUGGGCAGCAGUUUGACCCUGCCAGCGAUCCUCAAGUGUUAACGUCAGAAAAAUCUGGAACGUUCUCAGUCGUCUCUGGAGAUGGCCCCAUCAGCAAGUACAUGGGGAAAUACCGCUGCUAUGCGUCCAAUGAGCUGGGUACUGCCAUCUCCGAAGAGGCCCAGCUAAUUACAGAGAAUACUCCUAUUUUGACGAAAGAGAAAAGGCAGAGAAAGACAGUGGAAGAGGGAGAUAAAGCCAUCCUGAACUGUAAUCCUCCUUCCAGCAGCACCCCACCCAACAUCCACUGGAUGGACAAAAACCUGCAGCACAUUCAUCAGAGUGAUCGUGUGACCAAGGGCCUGGAUGGAAGACUCUAUUUCUCCCACGUGAUCCCCAGCGACAGCCGUGAUGACUACAUAUGUCACGCACAGUACGUCACCGCUAGGACCAUCCUGCCCAAGGAGCCGAUCCAGCUCAUUGUGACCCCUUCCAACUCAGUGGUGUGGCAUCGCAAACCCCAUCUGCUCCACCCCACCGGCUCUGAAACCCGAGUGCUGGCGCUUAGAGGCCAAAGCUUGGUGCUGGAGUGCAUUCCCAAGGGCCUACCCACACCAUCUGUUACGUGGCAGCGGCUCACAAAUGGUGUUCUCUCUACAUCUCGCACCUCCACGCAAAACUUUGGCAGAUGGCUUCGCUUCAACAGCAUCGAUGAGAGUGACCAAGGGGAUUAUGAGUGCAUUGCCAACAACUCACAGGGCACAGCCAAGCACUUCUUCACCGUCACUGUGGAGGCCGCACCGUACUGGAUUAAGAAACCAGCCAGCAACCUCUAUGCCCCAGGGGAGAAUGUAAGGCUGGAGUGCCAUGCAGAGGGCAUUCCCACCCCCACCAUCACCUGGAGCCUCAAUGGCAAUCCCCUCUCAGGCCUUGACCCAGAACCUAGGCGCACAGUGCAUGGAGGUACACUGAGACUGGGGGAUGUGACCAAAAGUGACACCGCUGUGUACCAGUGUGAGGCCUCCAAUAAGCAUGGAAUCAUCCUGGUUAAUACCUACAUACAUGUCAUUGAACUCCCACCUCAGAUCCUGACUAGGGAUAUGAAGGUUUACAGAGUGACACAAGGACAGACGGCUGUGCUUGACUGUGAGACCUUUGGAUCUCCUAGGCCCAAGAUCCAGUGGAACAGUGACACCUUGGAGCUGGUGCUGUCUCAUGCUUGGGUGUCUCAGCUUGUCAACGGGUCCCUGCAGAUCAGCAAUGCCUCCCCAAAAGACAGCGGGUCCUACAUGUGCUCUGUGUUUGAUAGCAACCUCUCCAUCGCUGCCAGUCUGGAUGUGCUCAACAGGACCGUGAUCAUAUCCCCGCCUGAACAUAAGCGUGUUCAGCGGGGAAAGUCAGUCACCUUGACCUGCGAUGCUCUCGUGGAUGACGAGCUGCGCAACCCACCACCACAGACACUGUGGAGAAAGGACGGACAAAAGCUUCACGAAUCUUCAUUUGAUGACAAGUACACACUUGGCUCCAGCCUUAUUGUUGCCAAUGCUCAGUCUGAGGAUGAGGGUUUGUACACAUGUGAGGUCAUUACUGAACUGGACAUGACUAAUGCCAGCGGCUCCAUCACUGUUGUGGAUCGGCCAGACCCCCCCUUUAACUUGACGCUCACCAACAAACAAAGUCGGAGCCUGACCCUGAGCUGGAUCCCAGGCAACGACCACAACAGCCCGAUAAAUGAGUUUGUUGUGGAGUAUGAGGAGUUGCGCUCUCGGAAGGGGCACUGGCAGUUUUUGUUGAACUCCUCUGGAGACAUCCAGCAAGUGAAAAUCCCACUGCAGCCAUUCUGUAACUACACCUUCCGGGUUACUGCGUUCAAUGAGUUCGGCAGAAGCGAACCCAGCAAUCCCUCUGAGACUUACAGGACACCUCCUGCCGCUCCGGACAGGAACCCCGAAGAUGUGCGGACCAUCUCAACAGAGCCAGGUGUACUGACAAUCGCAUGGAAGGAAAUGGACAAGUACUACUUCAACGGUCCUGGGUAUCAGUACAAAGUGAUGUGGCGUGCGGCAGGGCACAGAUCUCACUGGAACCAGAGCGCUGUCUCCUCAUCCCCAUUCGUUGUCCGGGAAGCGGGCACCUUUCAGCCCUUUGAAAUUAAAGUAAAAGCUGUAAAUCAACUGGGGGAGGGGCCUGACCCCAUCCUUGUCACUGGGCACUCUGGGGAAGACCGGCCCCUAAUGGCCCCACAGAACAUCGCAAUCACGCCCGUCAACGGCAGUGUGGUCCAGGUGAAGUGGGUCCCCGUGAGUCGGGAUUCCGUCCAGGGACAUCUCCUAGGUUACAAGAUCUAUCUGAGGCGACUGGGCCCCCAGGAUAUGCGGGGCAUCCGGGUGCAGGGUGGGCAUGAGAGUGACAACGGGGACAGCUGGGUAGUGGAUGUGUCAGGAUCUAACCAAGUGGAAGAGGUACUUGAGGGCCUGCGGCCGUACUCUAAGUACGAGCUGAAAAUGACCGCCUACAACAGCAAGGGGGAGGGGCCUUUCUCUGGGCCUCACGAGUUCGACACACCCGAGGGAGUGCCGGGGGCUCCUGCUUCCCUGACGUUCGACAGUCCCUCGGAGACGUCACUGACCCUUCACUGGAGCCCCCCGAGGGACCCCAAUGGAAAGCUGAUUGGAUACCUGCUACACUAUCAGGAGAUUUUGGAAAGCAAUAACGGCCUCAUGAAGGUGCUGCGGAUCAAUGACCCAGAUGUCUAUCACAUAACACUGGAUAAUCUGGACCCCAAGAUCUUCUACGCUUUCUACUUAUCUGCCUCUACUUCUACGGGACCUGGGGAGUCUAUUGUCAGGACAGCCGCGACCCUGCUGGAUGGAGGCCCCCCCUCUAACAUCACCGUCACUGCCGGGGAGACUAACGUUAACCUCAGCUGGGUGGCAGGCGAGAGAUACCGGAACGUUGUUUUCUACAUCAUGUACCUUAACAAGAACGGAGGUCGGUGGGAAAUGUCGGAGAUGAUCAACUCCACCCAGUCCUUCUACCAGCUCCAGGGCCUGCAGUCGGGAUCUCAGUACAGACUCAGCUUCUUAUUCAACAACAGCACAUUCUGGGAGAAAGAAAUCAAGACUGAAGGACCAAGGCCGAUUCAGAUAGAGGGCGGCUUCGCCACCCAGGGCUGGUUUAUCGGACUCAUCAGCGCUAUUGUGCUGCUGCUGCUGGUAUUGCUUAUUCUCUGCUUCAUCAAAAGAAGCAAAGGGGGCAAGUAUUCAGUCAAAGACAAAGAGGAGGGCCAAGUGGACUCUGAAGCUCGGCCGAUGAAAGAUGAUGCCUUUGGGGAAUACAGAUCUCUAGAAAGUGACAACGAGGAGAAGCGCUCUGUCAGCCAGCCAUCCCUGGGUGUGGAGAGCAAACUGGGCAGUGACGACAGCCUAGCUGGCUACGGUGACAGUGUAGACAUCCAGUUCAACGAGGAUGGUUCCUUCAUCGGACAGUACAGCGGCCACCGGGACGUGCCUGGGGCUGUGGGACAUGACAGCUCAGGGGCCACAUCCCCAGUCAACCCAAUGAUUAUGCCUCCCAGCUACCCCGGUGUCCCUAACUCCGUGACUGGUAUACUGAACAGGGGAAAUUAGACUGACACAAUGACAACAGGGCAUAGUGCUCUGACUGACAGCUGCAACAUGAUACUCUGAGUGACAAGUAGACCAUCUGACAUACAGCCAAACACACAAUGACAUACUUACUUACUGAAUCGCGGAGCUCUACAGGACUAACAUGACGCAGGUGGACUGACACAGAUGGACACCGAGACUGUAUAAGACCAAAACACACAGAAAUUUAAUCCCAAAAUCGAAUUAAUCAUCGUACAAGUCGUUUACAGAAUUCACCAGGCCUUCAAUGUAGUUUACAGUUGAGACAUUUAUAAACCCACAAUGCCUCCUUUAUAUCGCAUUCGUAUUUUCCUGUCCUACUCUUCCUCUUGUGUCUCAGAUGCAUGGAUUGAGUUGCCAUCCGGGUAAUAUCUGGGUUGAAAAGGUUUGGGGGAAGACAAGGAAAGAAUGAUUAUCCAUCAGUAUAUAGACACAGUGAUGUAUGUUCCUGUGGUAAUGUAACAUAGUAAACUAAGAGAGCGAGAAAGAGACAGACAGAAAGAGACAGAGGGAGUGGUUAGGAGACAGACUGGAGGUUCAGACAUGGUGUCUAAUGUUUACCAGGGAAGUUCCACCAGACCCUUGAAAUGUGGAACGAUGUAAGCAUAUUGAAAACACUCAUUUGUGGAUUGUUUGCCAAGACUCCAUGUCUUAAAACGAUUGUUAUUGCUAUGGUUGUUACAAUUAAUGUAGUCUGCCAUUUAAUUGUCUUGUACGUAAGAGUACAGAAUCUAACUAGCAACUUUUUUAUGUUUUUUCAUUGUCAUCAAAUAUUAUUGUCACGAUUCUUAUUUUUGUACUUUCUACUGUCAUUUCAUAUCAAUAUGAAAAUUCUAUUUUUGUUUUAUAUAUUUUGUUUAUCUGUUUUAUUUUACUUUAUCUGCAAACAAGUGCAUUAAAUUUAUUAAUUUGUUUAUGAGUCAUAAUAUCUUAUGGUUGCUUUAUAAAAGGGUUUCACAAUUUUUAUGUCUCUUUUUUAAAUCUGUGUCUGUCAUCUCAAAGUCUUCUGCAUAUCUUUUUCUACUUUUAUGGAUGAGCGUGAAAUCUGAACGAAUUUUCCAAUGCAACAUUAGCCAAAUUAUACAUGUAUUAAGCAUAUGACAUUGUAUGAAUAGUAUUGGAACAAUUUCAGAACAGGCUGAACAUGUGUAACCAGGUCGUACACAGAUAUAGUGGUAAUCUGAUAUGAGCUACAAGCAAAGACAAGCAGGCAGGUGGGUCUCAAUAAUAGGGAUUACGCUGCAAAGUAACUGCCAUCGUCUGUGAUUUUUUUUUAAGACGGAUAAAAGAAUUCCUGACGAAGUCUGCCUGGUAGCGAACAUAACCUAUACAUGGGUUCAUUUUGGCUGAACUGUGGGUAUGAGUCAGGAAACAUGCAAUCCUGUGAACUGUGUAAAAGUGAUGAGAUGGAGAGCCACUGUUAGACAGAGAGGGGCCAGCCUUCCUUACAGGUCUUCGUCUGUUUUGCCAUUCUUCCCUGUGUCUAUUGCCAUGCAUUAUGACUUUUUUCUGCCUUUACAUUUGUACAAUCAAGAACUCUCAUCACACUAACAAUCCACAUCAUCUUUAGUAUAUUCUUGCAGAAAUUCUGGGUUUUCUAAAUAGUCUUUACUGUGUCCCUCUCAUGUGUCUACAGUGUACUUUUCCCCAGACUAACCUCAGUUCCUUUAUCCAUUAAAUAUACCUAUUAGGUAUGCCAGAGAAUCAAUUCCAUCUUUAGGCUAUUAUAAAAUUGUGUGCAUUUUAUGGCAGAGGAAAUUAGUGACUUUCCAUUUAUGUAAGUGCAAAAUUUAUUUAGCUCCUUUACUGGCGUGUUUUCUCAUCACAUCUCAGAUUAUUUCUUUUUUGACAUUCGUUGCGGAAAUAAAACGAAUGCAUUCUGGGACAGAUACUGGUAUCUGUGAUAAAGCAAAGUGGGAGUGUAAUAUAGACAUUUGAAUCCACACACAAAUGCUGUAAAGCUAAGGGUCAGCUUCAGUUGUUGCCUGUCUCUUCAUUCAAAAUGUGGCUAUUGCUACUUUUAAGUAUGUGCAACUUAUUAAUAGUCUCUGCUGUCUGGCUGAGCUGUUAAGAAGGAAUUGUGUCUAUGCUAGACAUCUUGUUUCUAGAUUCCAGUGUAGCUCAGUUAUGACAAUAAAUGACAUAAUGUAAGGGAGGAAAGAACAGACUGGGGUUUUGGAAAGUGAGAGAAAUAUUACAAACUUAGGAAAGAAACAGUGGAUAUGAAAGGUCACUUUCUGAAUGUAAAUAAAACCCAAAAGAUUGUGUAAAAUUUGCUUAAAAUGUUUUGUUCAGCUUUGUUUCUUUUUAUAUCAUUGCACUUUUUUAGAUAUCGUUUUUAUGUCUUUUUUUUAUUGUUACGAAACAUGAUAAACCAGCUUUGUCUUGUUUUUGGUAAACAUCUGGCUGUUUUAGAAUAUUAGAGUAUCAUUACCAAAAGCAAUCCUUUGUCUACCUGCCAUUCCUUUAGUGACAGAGAUGCUGCAAACGAAAAAUAAAUAUACAUAAAAGCGAACAUCCAUAGUCAAUGUUAUGGAAAAAAGUAAAACAAAAGCAAACCAAUCAAUGCUAAGAUAUGAAUGAAGUGCAUUUUGAUCUGUGUCUUUUUAUAUGGUCAGGCAGUAGUGUGAGUGUUUGUAUCUAUUCGUGCUUCAUACGGAGUAGUCUCCUCAGUUUAUGCAAUUUUGCCAUGGUUGGUAUACGCAUUUUGAAUUUAUUCUGAUGGGGUCCAAGUUUUUGUAUUACAUAAAAAAAAACAUAUGAUCAAGCAUUUUGGAAGCACCUUAACAAGCAGAUCUCACUAUUCCUGACCAUCUCCAGCCUGUGUUCUCUGACGGCUUGUGUCAUGGCCAGCAGGGAGUUGGAACAGGGAUGAAUUUUUCACACAUGCUUACUCUACUGCCUGAGUUAUUUUUAGACGUAUGUUGAUAUUGUAUGUAACUUUCUUGCCUCCUUUCUUUUUUAAAUAUAAAUUGAAAAAAAUAAAUUAAAAAAAUUAAAUAAUAACAGCUUCUACAAACCAUUCAAAGGGGUAACAUGAGAUUUCCUUGUUAGGGACAGGAGGAGCUUGUUCAGGGAUUGUAGCGGAGGCAACAUAAUGAGGUUCAAGGAAGUGUGCGCUAUUGCUGAAUGGGACUGGUGUGGUCUAGGGCGAGGGUGGGUUGUGGGGCGUGGGGCUUGCACUUGGGGGCAAUGAAGUUGUACAUGCUUACUGUAUCAGCCGCUGUAACAAACUCCACAAUAAAUAAAAUACAUGGAUUAAGCAGAGUAUCAAUGG